AUGAACGAAGUCUACGGUGCUACUCACGAAACCGACCUCCCAGGCAAUGAACCGCAAACACCCCAGCCAACGAACUCCAAGCGUUCGCGGCGGUCCCCCACCACAACACCAAAACGGACCCAUCUGUGGGGUUGCGGCGUUGUUCCAUUUACGCUACAAGUCAUGCUGGCUGCUGAGUUAAGCGUGUCCAUGGAGCAAGACGAUUCGGUCGCCCAGAUACAGGACAAGUCCCAGCCAGCUGGAAACGCUGCAUUCUUGCCCCUGUCGUUGCAUUACGAUGUGAUGCUGGAGUAUUGCAGCGCGAAAAAGGGGUAUCAGCGAGAAUCGCUGAUGUCGACUGACGUAAGAGACGACAAACGCAACGAUUGCUCGGACGUCAUCGAUGUCAAGGAUGAGCACGAUUUGAAGGAUCAGAGCGAUGAUGAAACGUCGUACGAACGUCGAAAGAAGCGAUCGAAAGUGGUUAAACCCAAGAGCCAUAGUGAGGCCUUGGAGGCCGGCUUCUUGGCUCUCAAGGAUGGACUGAUUCACUUGGGGACAUCGCUAGCUUCUGCGCCCACUGCCAGGCUCGUGCCAACAACUGGAGCGACUAUGGACGAUGUAUUGCUUGCAAUUCAAGGACAGUCUGCGAUGAUGGCCCAACUCCUCGCCCAUUUAGUUGCCCAAAAAGAAAUUUGA